UCACUAUUCGUUGCUAUUCAGUGUAAUGACAGUUUUCUGAUAUCCCAUUCCAGGUUUACUGUAAUGAUAAACAUAAAAACAUGAAAGAGAUUCGCACGUCAAAAUUUCAAUAUACUUUAUAUCCGCGUGUUUAAUAGAGACUAAAGGAAAUAAUACCAUACAUCAUGGAAAACAAUGAAGCAACCAAUGUUACGAUCUCAUCUUUCUUUGAAACAGCCUUUUGGAAUUAUUCCGAUCAUGUUAUCUUGGAUGAUCUUAAAAUGGACAGCAACUUUAUAUGGUUGCUUUGUUCCUUAGUAUCUGCUAUAUCCUGGAUUGUUUAUAUUGCUUAUUAUAAUAGCAGAGUGGCUGGUUACAUAUUAACAAAAUUAUUAAAUCGAUUUGUUAUUAGAGAUGGAUAUGUUAAAGUUGGUUCCUUUACACUAAGUGCUUUAAGUGGAAAAAUAAUGUUUAGAGAUAUAGUUUAUAUUACAAUGGAUUAUAGCUUUAGAAUUCAGGAUGGUUGGCUUAUAUUUAGAUGGUGGAGAAGCUAUGUCCCCAAAGAUGUAUCAGAAGAUCUUUCACACUCUGAUACACGAUUGUCAGUUAUGUUAAAUGGAUUUGAAUUACAUGUCUACAAUCGCUGUCAACUUUACACACAAUUGGAAAAAUCUUUUGGUCUCAUACCACAAAUGUUUCCUGAUGAGGAAGAUCACAAUAUAAACAUUGAUGAUCGGGAUGGGGAGUCUAUAAAUAAUGCAGCUAAUGAAACUCGUCAUUCGCAAAUCAAUGCAAUGGACGUAUCUCGUCAUGUAGAUAAUAUUAGAAAGAAGGAAGCUCAUGUAAUUGCGCGUACUUGGAGAGAUCUGAUACCAGUUAUUAAAUUAGACAUUUGCACAGGAAGACUGGUAUUUGGUAAUCGUUUAGUACCAACUACAUUAUCUAUUACUGUGGAGGAAGCGCAUUUUGUUUAUUCCACAAAACCUGCGGCAUCUAGGCACGAUCAUUUUAUGCACUUUACCAAGUGCAAGGCAGAGAAUUUCAAAGUUAUUUUGGCCCCAAGCCCAAAAUACACCGGGAUGGUUGACGAUCCCCCCAGAUACAUGGGAGAAGGUUUCGUUGUUUUAAGUUCAAACAAUAUGGAGGUUUACUAUUACAUGGACGAACCAGGCGUUGUACCAGAACAUCCCGAAAUGAUACAAUUGGUAAACGGAGAUAUGGUUGAAGCGAUGCCCCCUAUAUGGGGUAUUGAUAUCAAAUGUGGAAAGGGCACGGAUUUCAGUUAUGGUCCAUGGGCUGAUAGACAACGGGAGCAUCUAUUUAAAUUUUUUUUUCCUAACAAUUACCAGUCAUUGAAGGUUACGAAAUCACCUAAACCAGGAGAUAAAAGACAGGUUCAAUCGUUCGACAUUAGAUUAUCGACACUGAAUGAAGCGACAAUUGAUAUACUUUUCAGUAAAAAUAGAGAAACCAAUGCAGUUCAUGUUAAUGUAGGACCAGGAUCAUACCUGGAAAUUACAAUGCCAUGGAUAGUAUUACAGGAUGGAUAUACCACCAAGAUAACGGGUCAACUUCUACAUUUGGAAGCUACUACUAGUCUACAAUAUCGAAGUUUGGUUGAAAGUGAGACCUUGGAAUUUGGAGUAAAGUGUCAUUAUCCCAUUAGAUGGAAUGAUCAUCAAGAGUGGACACUAAAUUUAACUGGAUGUAAAGCUACUGCUAAUUUAGUCUAUUUGCACAAAGAUUUUUUUCAAGAUAUGAUCAAUGAUUGGGCGAGCAAAGCAAGACCUGACAUUUUACACUUUGUUCCAUAUACUUGGAAAUUUAGUUUACUAUUGAAAGAGUUUGAACUGAUUACAGUUUGCAAUGAAUAUAAUUGGAUCGAUUGCUCAUCCCAGAAUCAAGAGAAUGCGCACAUUGCUUUCUGCGGGGAAUUUUUUGAUUUAUCGUUUGAUCUUCCAUUCGUAGAUUUUUUGCCUGUUACGAUACCAUUACGUUUUUGGAUUCAAGGAGAAAGCGUUGAUCUUUCGUUUUAUUUACCAGAAGUUAAUACCAAUCGUAUUAUUUUACUAUCGCUAGAUAAAAAUGCAAAGAUCAUGACGCGCGAUGGAUCUCAAAAGCAUUUGCACGAAUUGAACAGAGGCAAGAAAUGGAGAAACUUUUGUCAAAAGGAAUCGGGGUGGGUCGAUUGUUGGUCUGUACCAAUUGUAGCGUUGAGUAUCAACUAUACUUAUCAUUUAUGUCCACCCUUGGGUCCUACUCCACAAGCCAAUAUAACAACUCCGGAAAAGGAAGAGAUUCUUUUGUCUCCUAUGCGAAUUCCUAAAUGUAGAAAAUCACCAGGUUUACAGUGGGCAAGAAGUGGUGCGCAAAAGUUUGAUCCACAAUCUAUAACGCCUGAUAAAGUUAGCGUGGAACUUGAAAUCGGUCCAUCCGUAUUGAUUUUAUACGGCUCCUUGCUAAAAAAUUUUAUGCACUUAAAAGAAAACAUAUUUGGAGAUUAUCAAACAUUUACUGAUAUGCAACAAAGUAGAACUAGUUCAACACCGAUUAACGCAGAAAGAAGCAAAGAUAAAGAUGUACAAAAUAGCAGUGUCGAGGCAUCCGUGGAAGAUGAGGAAUUAAAAUCCAAGCCAUUUGAUCCGAGAGAUUACAGAUCCUUAGAAGUGACCGUCGGUGUUACUAUGCAUGACAUUCAAGCUCAUUUAAUUAAGAAUUGCAAUGAAAACGACCCGUCGUGUCCGAUCAUAAUCUUAGAACGUUUCGGAUUCGAAAUGAGAAAAAGUUAUAAAGAAACACAACUACAAUUAUUGCUCUCUCCCGCCAUUGCUCUACUUACGGAUAACGUGGUGAGAUCGAGCAAGGAACACCAUUUAAAUCAAGGACAUUUAAUGUUGAGCGCGUUACAAGUCAGGGGGCAUGCUAUGUUUAGCAACGAGGGAAGAAGCUUAGAUCAGGAGACAUUGGAGUAUGCAUGGUUGAUUGAAGUGCAAUUGGGCAAAUUAAGCGGAAAAAUCACCUCUCCUCAAUUACAUCACUUUGUUACGUCAUUAGAGACCUUCCUGUUGAUGGCAAAAAAUACUGAAAACAAUUUACGUCCACCCAAUUUACCGUUUCAAUGUCAUCACGGCCUCCCUCCCCUACAAUGCCCAGAGAGCGAUGUCGACAAACAUUAUAGAUGCCCAAGUUCCGAGGAUAUUAAGUAUCGAAUGACGAGACUAUCUAUAGAUGCCGUUGAUUUAUAUCUACAAGAAGCGGGUACCGCCUUACAAUUUUGGAUAUCUCCAAUUCGUGUUGCCACUUGUAAUCUUCAUGGGCACCAGGUCAAAUCGGGCAUCACUGCUGUUCUACCUACAAUAUCGAUUCGACAAUUUGUAUCCGCGGCAGAUUACUUCGCAAAUACAAGUAAUACUAAUACAACAGGCAGCGGAAGAUCUCAUAAUAAUGCAAGCAGUCGGAUGUCAGGUAUUUUUCGCGAUGGAUCAGAUAUAUGGCUUGAAGUAGGAUCGAUAUCUCUGGGUCCGGUUAUUUUAGAAGCUGCGAUUUCUCUCCCAGCUCCGGAGCAUAAUUUGCAUUUAGUACAAAAUAAAUAUCUAAAGAUGCAUGACGAGGCAACGAAACGCUUGUGGUUUUUGUGGCUGCAGGAGAGCGGGGUAAAGGCAACAAAGUGCGGCUGUAUAGGAGGUUGCGUAUUCUUCGGUAAUAAUCGAAAUGGACCGAGAUUUUUCAAGCCGAGCUAUCAAGAUCUUCAGGAUGGUAUCAAUAUCGCUGCUUACAGAAUUCAUGAACCUGGUAAAGAGAAAGGAUUUGGGCAAUCUAUUUUACACGAUAGGCAAUUGGUAUUCCACACACCGCCGUAUAGUUUACAAGAUAUAUCUUUGCAAGAUAUAUGUCAUCCUAUGACAGGAUUAAAAGUAACCCUCAAUCAAGAUGGUUCGCAAAUUACGAAGAAGGGCAUUGAACGUCCGAAAUCUGUGACAGAUCAUAAUAAGGAAGAAAAUAUUAGUACAAAAUUAAACGUUGCAUCUGCAAGUCCAUUGAUACCUAGUGGUGACAAAAAACCGCUGGACAGAAGAUUUUCUUACACAUCAAUGCGUGGGCCGAAUGUAAAAGAUGUACCGUAUUCUCGUUUGAUUGACGCUAGUCCAGUGACACAGCUACCUCAAAAAUUAGAUUCGGAUUCUAAACUGAACGUAGAACGAAGUAAAUCCAUUUUAAAUGUACCGGAGAUCGAAACUGCACCCAAAAGUAGCGUGUCUGAUUCCAAAUUAGCUGUAGACUAUUUUACUGCAACGGAAAAUAUGGAAACUGAAUCUGCGAGUAGUCCGCAAUCUUUACCUGUGGUUCCAACUGAAUUCAAUAUCUCUGCAUCUACAUGUUUGACCGAAAAAUAUGAACAACGUGAAGGAGUGAAUGUAUCAGAUUCUCAUCAUUCGUUAUAUGCGAGGACAAACUCGGAAGAGCGACUGAAGCAGGAGGUGCAACGUACGAUAUCUAUGUCAUCGGAAAAUCAUUCGGAAGCAUUUUAUUCGGCUGAUGAAGAUAUGAGCCACGGAUUAAGUGGAAGUCGAACAUCCAGCUUACGCCAAUCCAUCGUCGGUUCUGGUUGUGUCUUAAAUCGCAAUGACAGCAUGAAGAAAAAAUUCUCGUCAGACUUGUCUAUCGUCGAGAGCUCGACCAAUAUGAAUCACUCAGUGGCAGACAAGGCGCAUACGUUGGAGAGAGCGAAAACACAAAUAUUAAAUUCAAAAAGAAGCCCUAGGAUCAACAGAAAUGCCAGUUUUCAAAAUGAAAUUGAUCCAACUGAAAGUGGUCGCGCUAUGCAAGACUCUUCGGAUAGUCAUUCGGUAUCAUCGACUAGUUUUAUCUCCGCUGUAUCGUCACAAGAAGAUGUCACGCUUGUAAAUUUGCACAUGCAAGUGAACAAGCCAAUCGUAGAUUCGCCGUUAUUGAUGUCCAGUUACGUCAGCCACUUGACACAGGUCCGCUGUACAAAUUGGAAUCAAUCCUCAUUACCUGCGGGUGGCGAUGCUUUUACUACUCCUGUAUUUCAACGUAUGGAAGAUGGUAGAUUAGUUUAUGUUGGUGGACGAUACGUGCCAAAACUUGAAACGGUCACCGAAGGUUUUACAUCGUUGAAAAUGAUAACACGUUCUGAUGGUUCACCUAUUGUAGGUUCAUCUAAUAAAACGCCUACACAUCCUUACUUGUGGGACGAUGUAUCUUUAAAUCGAACAGAAGGCGAAGAGGAUAGUGCGAUGCAUAACGAGGAGGAAUUAUUGGCAAUAUUGCACGAAACUGGAUUACGUACAACGGUUAUCGUCAAAUUUAAAGGAGACGUCGAUAUUAUGUUAAGCCCCAUGGUUCUAGAAUCGCUUCAACGUUUCAUCGAUAGUAUUAUACCAACCUUGGCUAGUCUCCAUCCAUUAACGAUCUUAAAUCAUCUUCACAAUGAAUGCAUAAGCAAAGUAGAGAAUGCAAACAUUUUAAAACAAGAUCAGAGUUUAUCAUAUUGGAGUCAAGUUCAAACUAGUUCAAAACGAUCGACAGCAGAAAGAAAUCUUAAAAAUGGUCAAGGUGAUGACAAAUGUAAGAUUGCGCUACAAACGAAUGUUUAUGAAGAAAGUAUUACGACACAAGUACAAGGCAGUAUUAUUUUACCGAAGUUGAACUUAACAUUGUUACAAGCAUCCGUUGUUGAAGAGAUUAUAUCUUUUUCCGCGUUAGAAAAUAUCCGUGAUCUGACGUGCGUAUCAUUAUUUGCGAUUUGUCUCGACGAUGUUACUGCUAGAUUUUAUCUGGCGAAACAGGCCCGAGAGGUCGUUCAGAUGUUCCAUAAACCAGCCGCAUUACCGAAUCAGAAGAAAGUGAACAAGAUUAGCAAAGUGUUUUUACCCGGACAUCAAACUACCGCGGUAGUAGCUGAUGUAGGAGGAGAAACGGUGUACAUAGAGACGUCGGAAAAACAACAGGAAGAGAUUGUAGUUACUUUAAAUAUCGGUAAAGCACAUACUCAAUUAAGAAGGCUAAGAAAUGAAUCUUCCAUAUUAAAGGAUGCGGUCAUAACUGCUAUACCUGCUCAUUAUUCGAAAGUAUUAUUUACAUGCACAAGAAUGACAUCGCCGUUAAAGUGUGUCGAUUAUUAUUUACAUCACAUCGACGAUAAAGAAAAGCCAAAUAAACAAACUGGACCACCGCAAGCUACCGAAGAAUUUACUAUGGGAUGCGGAGAGGAUAGAUUGGGAUUUAUCAUGUUUGAAUGCGGUUUAGAGGGAAUUAAAUUGAAGGUAGUGAAGAGAUCUCAGUUUGAAAAAAAUGAAAAUGGUGACAAUAACAAAAAGAAUGAAACUGAAAUACUUUGUACGGAUAGCAUUAAGAGCCAAGAGGAAUUGGAUAAUAAUAUUGCUGCGUCCGCAACAACUACUACAGAGGCGGAAACAAAGCCGGCAAGCGUAUCCGCCAGUACUCAAAUGAAUAUGAGCGCUACAUGCAACAGUCUCACAUCCAAAGUAGCGAAUGGCAAUACCGUAUCGUGCGUUAUCGAGUUGAAAACUGUAUGGUUUAACUUCGCCGCGCCUCCACGUACUCCAAUAACGAGAAAGAUCGAUUACACGAGAUUGGAUUGGAAUUUGCUGAGCACGGCAUCGCCAGCGAUAAAUGCAUGGAUGAAUCCCAGUAACAAAUUUGCAAUUCGGAUUGUUCACAUGUUUAGAACGAUGUAUCGUAGAUCUACCGCGAUUGUCGCUUGUCUCAUGGCAGAAGCAUUGGACGUACAAGGAAUACAUAUGCCCAUAAAGAGUCGUUACGGAAGAUUAACACCGUUGGCCAAAACAUUGCAGGAAGAUCCCUCUUGUCAAUUAUGUAGUAUAUUACAGAAUUACGUUUUAUUAUCUGAAAUCGCAAAUAUUGAAGCCAAUUUGAAAGAAUCCGAUCUACCACUUCUUUCAACACUUCGACAGGGUGUCAUCGUAUUAAGCAGACAAUGGAAGAAUGUACUUUAUACACCACUACUAUUGGAACAUAAUUAUAAAACCAAACACGUUAAACCAUUGAACGUUACAUUUGCUAUGUCAGAUCCAGAUGAGGAGAAUCUAUUAACCGAUGGAGAGGGUAGCGGGGGAGAUAUUGAUGAUCAGGAAGUCACAGAUGAAUGUGCUAUGCUCAUCCACACGGACCAUAUGCAUAAACAUGUACAUAUCAAAGGCGGACAAGAUAAAACAUCAGGUAUAUGUGGUGGUGGCGAUGGUUUGACGGUUCCUGUAAGUUCUCCUCGCGGGAAAGAUACAACUCCUAUAACAACACCGGUUCCAGGCCCGGAUUCAUAUUCCUCUCCCUCUCCGCCUGUAGCUGUUGCAAAGAGAGGAAAAACGUUGCAACAAACGCAAGUACCCGCUAGUGCUCGUGCGAGUAUUGUUUUCCCUUUACUUACCAGCAGUGGACUAUUCGGUCAAACACGAGAAGCGAAUAAUAUAAGCUAUGGAACUUUGAGGGAAGAGAAGACGCCGCAAAUUCAUAUCUCGCAUUCGCAUCAACUUGGCUCCAAUCCUAGCAUUUAUUCUGGAGGUGUAGGUCACGGUAGUCAACAUAGCACUGGAAGCCUAGAACAAGUAACAUCUCCCACAAAUCAUUCUACUAAGCCUAUAAAUACAGGGGAAGAUUUGUACAGCUGGAUGGCAAAGCAGCAAGAAUUUAUAAAAGAUAACGACAAAGAAAAUUUAAAAGGAAAUUGGGUCUUUCGUACAGAGCAAAAAUCUAUGAAGGAUUCAAAAAUCAACACUAUGACUACCGAUGAUACCGAAGAUUCAGAUAUACAGAGCGGUGGUUUUCUAUAUCCAAUGAAAGAUUCUCUCAGAUUAUUAGAUGCACAUCUGAUAUUUGAGCCACUUUUGUCAUCUUUAUCAGUCAUGCCGCAACAGAUGUUAUCAGUUAUUGGAUCAGGAAAUGUAAAUAACAUGUCUUCCUUAGAUUCGUUAGGCUCUAAUUUGUCUCUUGUAGGCAGUAUGGAUACUAUGCGCAUUGAUAUAGUCGUCAGCGAAUUUGGAAAGAUUACAGACAAAAAGAAAAAUAACAAAUAUCAGCCAAAAAAAGGAAGUAAUUCGAAAUUUUAUCUCGACAUACCACCAGAGACGCCAGCGUUUUUAUGUGAAAGAAUUGGCGUAGACAUUGAUGUGAAAAAAAUGGCCGAUAUGACGGUAGACGAUAUGAUACAGAAGCAAAAUGUUUUAUACAUAUCAAGAGGUCAAUUGAAAAAGCAUACUAGCACAGUGGUUAAUAUUAGUCUAAAUAUUCGAUAUAUAAGUCAACAAGUGAAUAUGCCUCUUCUCCGAUUAUUACAUCAAAUAAGUAACAUGUAUCAGAACGUUAAGGAAACGCAGAUGGAAUUGAAAGAACAACAGCCAGAGGGGAAACGAAGCACUAAUGUAAUCGUCAAUGAUGCUACCACGAAAAACGGCUCGUCGUCAACAUCAGAUCUGCAAGAACAGUUUCUCGUUGGUGGCAAAAAGAUGGAAGCGCCACUGCUACGUAGUAGCUUCGUUGAACCUAACCAACCGAAAAUAUUAUCAGGCACGACUGUGCAACGAUCACGACCGCAGAGUUUCGCGCAAAAAUUACGAAGCACCGGUAAAAGCGUGAAGGGAUACAUCAAUUUGAGCGAGGGCGUUAUUACGCCCAGUUUUGGAGCAAGUCCUAGUGGAUCGAAUUUAGAUAAAUGUACGGAUGUGACGUGCAAAGAUAGCGCGCACUUGACGCCACGAUGUUGGAAAACUAUAUAUUACCUUCUCGAUUUAUACGCGACUCGUCCGGAGACUAAGACGAUUACCCAUCGAUUUUCGAUACCAGCGGAAGCGGCGGAACAUUAUAAGAGUGGCAGAAAAUAUGAGAUAUUGAACGAUACUAAGGAUAUUGAUAUUGAAAAAGGAUUGAAUGCGGAGAAUAGCUCAACACCCGUUCCUCCAUCAAGAGAAUUGAAUAUUGUAACGGGUGAAAGAACGAGAUUAAUUAUUUUUGGCGUCGCACGAAUCCAUAGAACCAGAUUAUUAGCCACUUUAAGCGGUCUAAAGCUUGAAGCGGAGAUCACUAGUCUACACGCUAGUCUGACUUGCCGCAAAAAAUCGCGACCCGCAAGUCUAGAAUGCAGUAUGACCGGACAAAUUGGAAGAACUAUGAUUGUUUUACUGGAGGGCGUUGCUCCCAGUCAGCAGACAGUCGUAAAAGUCACUGUUGGAAAAUCUCAGGCUUUAUACUCUAGCAUCACGAGGCGACAAAAGGACAAGAAUAGCGGUUUACUGACCGUCGGAGCUGUCAAUAUCGAUAUACCGCAGCAUCCCGUAGCCUUGCACGGAAUGAUGACAAGAGGUAGCAAGCAAUUAUCGUCGACGCUACAGGAAUUAAGAGUUACUCGAACAUCGUCGAGAAUGUCACGGGGACAGCAACAGGAUGACGUGGACGGUGCUCCAGGUAGUCCGCAUCAUUAUGCGCCGGCCCCAUCGAUGGAUGCGGAAAAAGAAAAACCGCAUACUGUGUCCGGUCUUUUAGAACCUAUUGUUAUGCAAUUCCACAUAAUACUUCAAAGUCUGAGUAUAACCGCGGCACUAUUACCAUCUCUCCAAGCACAGUACAAGAUGGAUCAAGUAAAUAGUUCCGGUAUAACAGGUGGCAAGGCUAAGUUUACCAUAGACUUGCCCCAUCAUAAUUUGAGUUUCACGACGAAGCUGCAAGUAACGGAGGCGAAUCUACCAUCCGAAGCUAGUAUCGAAUUACCUAAAGUGCAUGUUUCGGCCGAAUACGUUCAAGACGGAAGCGGUAACUUGAACGAUAGUAAAUUGGCAGACGGUGUUGUGUUGAGGCAAGGUAGCUACUUAAGUGCAACUGCAGAUAUUGGAGUAUUUGAGCAUUCCUUAACGACGGAUCUCUUAAAUCAUUUAGUAUUUGUACAAAAAGUAUUUAUGAAAGAAGUAAACGAGGUAGUGCAGAAAGUCUAUGGGGGUGAAAAACCAGUGCCAUUGUGGUUCGAAGAUGACGAAUCGACUAAUUCUACUUUAAAACGAAUCUUAUUCUCGCUGAUUAUACGUAUCAAGAGGAUUCAAUUGACUGCAACAACUCCGACAAACUCAGCGGUGCGACUAGAAACCGGCGCGGUCGAAUUUCAAUUAUCCAAUAGAGUGCAAAAUGUUUCUGGAGCUACGCAACCUAAUCCCUACAUGAAAUUAUUCGGCAAAGCCCAAGUUGAUAUUAACUUGAGUCUGGGACAAUUGUUGAAAAACGUCUUGUUCGAAGAAGUGGAGCCCGAAUUCCAGCAGUUUGCUUUCUUCAAUACUAGAAUAGGAUUGCGAAAUGCAUUUCAAGAAGAGAUGGCGCAAGGUGAGGAUAAAGAAGUGGUUUUAAUUACUCUUAAACGGCCGCUGAUUUACAUACAACCGAUGGCCAUCGAUAAAGCUAUACUCGUUUGGUUAAAUUACAAAAAUGCAUACGAGUAUUGGAACGAAAAGAGAUCCAAUUUAAAUAAAGAGGUAUUAACCGCCACCCAGCAAGUGUUUGAGAAGGUUCCGUUCGGACAGCUAACCAGUCAGCUCAGCGCGCCUCAUCUCGGAACAUUAUUUUUGCAAUUAACAGUCGAUGAUAUGGGUAUUUGUGUACCACUUAAUCCCUUACCGCCAAAUAAUUGGAGAUUAAACAGAGGUCUUUAUGACGGAGAAUCACGAGGCGCUGUUGUAGUGACGCUUGAAAAUACAAGCAUAUCCGCAUGUAGCAGCGGUAGCCUAGUUAGUAAAGGAAGAUUUGUAGGAUUAUGUUUGAGAUUUGCAGAAGAUUUUGAAACUUCUUUGGAUGAUUGGAAGCCAGAUAUGACUGAUAGCAAUAUAAUGAAUUUAUGUGUUGUAUCAGAAGGUACUUACGAAGUAUGUAGUAGAACUAUCGCGCAGAAACAAGACAAGUCUGAUAAUGCCAAGUGGUUUUUAAAUGUUCAAUGGCAAAUGGAAGGAGUUGAUAUUCAUCUUGAUGUUAGUGUGGGACAACAGCUCUCGGCUCUUGGACAUACAUUAACGAUGUUAACUGGUUCUGAAGAGGAAGAUGAUCUUCACGUUCCUCCGGAUUAUGAUAGCGACGAUGGUGAUCAACCGGAAAAUAGCACUAGCCAGGUUAAAAAAAAAGAAAGCAUAUUAAUGAAAAAAUCGAAAAAUUGGACGGAUAGUCUACCAGCAUUCAUUUUCGAUCCUACACUUGAUGCAAAGAAGAGAUCGCAAUUGAUAGAGAAGGAAAUGAACGAACAAGCUAAGAUUAUAAAUGAUUUGCGAUCAUUGGGCGCUUCGCAUGGAACAAUCGAGCAAGAAAUGAAACGUCUACACGAAUUAGAAGCAAUGGUAUUUAAAGACUUUAGAAGAGAUAUGAUUCAAAAGUUAAGAAGGCAAUCGGUUAAAGCUUCCGGUAUUAAGGGUAAAUUAGGUCUCAGUAGUAAAGCGAAUGCGUAUCGUUCGAGAUCAUUUAUUGUACCUUCACCUACGCCAGAACAUCAUUUAGAAAGUCCGGAAGAUAUUAAUACGGAAAUUAAUUCAGCAAAUUCGGCUAGUUAUGAAAGUAGCCCUAGAAGCGGUCCCAGUCGAUCAGCUUCCCUGCGUGUAAAAGGACUUGGUGGACCACGAGUUACUUUUAGUGAUACACAUACAAUGGGAAGACAAUCAUCCUUACCAAGUGCUAGUUCUGACUUGAGUUUACCAGAAGGAGAGUUGGAAUGGCCAGAGACUAUUGAGAUAGAAGGAGAACGAGUUGAAUUGAGAAAAAAGAAUAGAGAUACUAGUUGUACAUCUAGUUAUGAUAGUAUGGAGGGGAAUGCACCGUUACUCGAUUCAUUUGGGAAAGAGCAAGCUUCAUCGACAUCAUCCCCAUACAUUACUUCUCAAAAAACUCAAGAACCAAAUAUAGACUUUGAACUCGAUGUCAAAGUUUUAAUUAAUAGUGGGAAAUGUGUAUUGCAUACAAAAGAUCCAGCAAGAGAAGAUGAAAUUAAAUUUUUGAGUAGAAUGAAAAAAGAAAGAUCAUGUUCCGGUGGUAUGUUUGAAUUUCAAUCUGGCAGUCCCAAUAGCAGUAGAAAACACUUGAAUAGUAAAGAGAAACCGUCGACAACUAGUACAUCUCGAUUGAGAUAUUUGCAGCAUACAAAUGUGCCUUUAGUAGAUUUAACAAUUUUUCAUAUUCCCGGUUUAGAUGUUAAGGUUCAUUACGAAUCGAAAACUCUUCCAGAAGAAUCAUUAUCUCCUCGCGUAUCUGCUGAAAAUAGUUUGUUAAAUCCAAUCACGAUGACAAUGUUCAGAAAAUCUAGUACUAAAAAAGCCAGUCUGUUUGCUUGGAUGACUCUUCAAAGCAUUCCAGAGGAAACUAUCAUUAGUCCUCAUAUUCUUGAAUUUUUAGAGCAAACUCUAGAACCAAUUCCGAGCAAGAAUAAUUUUCAGAGCAACGCGCAAACGAGUGCUACCGUUCUAUUGGAAAAUACAGAAAACACAUCAUGGGCUGCCACAGCUGCGAAUAGCAAUUAUGUUUAUGCCAGUUUCCCCGUUGACGUUAUAGUGUAUUUUCAUAUGCAGCCAUCUACGUUUAGAUUCUCGUGUUUACCAGUUUCACGAGUAGAAUGUAUGCUGCAAUUACCAUCCCUCGACAUUGUGUUCUCGUCGAAACGGGCCGAGGAAGAAUUGAUAGAAUUUCGGGAAUUUAAAUCUCAAACAACGGGAAAGGAAACGGGCUCAGCUAUUGGUGGAUUAUCCGUCACCGGUUGUUUAGCGGAUUUCUCGGUUUAUAUUUUUCAUCCCUACGGUGGUGGGAAGAAGACAGGACUAAAGGAAGCACAAUGGUCACCCUUGUCGGACAGCGAGAGGAAAGAUUCAUUGAGCAUCAAUGUCGAAUUUGUAAAAUUUCAUUUAUCGAGAAGCAGGAAAUUAAACUUUCAAAGCGAACAACUCAAGAAACUUUCGGAUACUAGCCGUGCUGUCAUACGAUUCUCAACAAUUAUCGACAUUGGAUCUGCCUCGUUUAAAUACGAUAUGCGUCGAUUAACAGAAAUUCUAGCUUUUCCAAAAGCAUGGUACAGACGUAGCAUAGUAAGACGCUUGUUUCUGGGAGAUUUAAGUUCAGGUACUGCAUACUCAGAAGGGGAUGGGAGUCCUUCGUUAAAUCAAGAAGAGGCAGUGAUGGGCAGCUCAUUGUUGAAGCAUUACGAUAGACAUACAUGCGAUUCGUUAUCAAAGAGUGCACCUGAAAGAAGUCCUGUAUUAAAUAGAGAAAAAUUGAAGUUAAGUUUGGAGAACGAUAUGCCAAGACCCGCGCGAUUAAAAGAUAUUGGAAGAGCAUGGAGUUUUACCACGGACAAGCAAAUAUCGUCGGAGAUUAAAUUGAGAGAAUCCGCAUGGGAAACAUUAGUGUUAUUCGCGGUGAACUUUACGCGUUUAAAUGUGCAUAUGAAUAUGGGUAACGUGAUGGGCAAUGUUAGUUGGAUGACAAAAGAUUUCAGAUCGGAUGGUAGAUUGUCUAUUGGCAGCACAGGACAUAAAAAUCUAUACAUAGGCAUUGGUUUAGGAGGAUCAAGUCUCGAUGCGAAAGGUGGUAUAGUCGGUGGGACAAUCGAAUUGAGUAGAAUCGAUACUUACAUACAUAUUCGAGAAGAACCUGGAAUAGAACCUGAUCAUACAGUUGGAUUGAAAUUAUUUGCAUUAGAAUUACGAUUAGAUUAUAUGGGAACAAGUGUGUUAAUGUCCCGAGUGUCUUCGUUGGACGUUACUCUUAGAGAUGAGUGGAAAAUUAAUCGUAGCAAUAACGGUGAUGCUUUUAUGCCAACACGAAGGCCUGCCAUCAUUUUUAUGCACGGUGAUCUGGGUUGGGAUCAAUUACAAAUCAUGAUCAGUAAAUCAACAACGGCCGACUUGCUGAAAAUGUUUUACAAACUGGACGAAUUCUUUAGUCAACAAUUUAAAAGUAGCAAACGCGUAUUUAGCUCGUUGCAACCGAAACAUCAAAGGAUAAAUAACAGCAGUUUUAAAAAGAGGCAACAAAAGAAGAGAUCCGAUGGAGGUCCAUGGAACCUAAACCAGACUGCAAUAUCGGAUGCUAGACAUCAUAGACACUGGCAAAGAGUAUUAGUUCAAGUAGCUGGUCUUCAAUUAGGAAGCUUAAGAUUUUCUUUGCCGUCAACCGGUACUGUCCUCGGUGGCACAAUGGAACUUCAUGGAUCUAAUAUUAGCUUAGCAUGUUUCCAUGGUAUUAAUUUCAAAAGCAAGAGCUGGGCUUUAUUUUCAUUGAAGGAACCUUGUAUAAGUUUCGCUACGGAAGCCCAGGAAAUACCAAGUGUCGAAACGCCCAAUACAUACGAUGUUCAUGUCGUACAAACGUUGACCAUCAGUCUAGGUCACCAACAGGAACAACACGCGAGACAUCAUUCCAUGGCAACUGUCUGUAGAUUAAGUCGAAGUGUUUUAUUUCCACCGCAAUUUAAAUCUUUACAAGAAUGGUUUCAUUAUGCAUUUGCUAGUAGCGAGAUCGAUGCGGUAGAUAGAUUUCCGUGCGUAGAAAGAGAUAAAAUGGAAAAUAUGUCGGUGGACGGUAAUAAUACGUCACGUGGAAGAAGUACAUCCGCAACAUCCGGCAAGCUCCAGGAACAUUCGCACACGCGAGAGGUGAUAUUUGCUUUGCCUUCGUUGCAGUUGCAUCUGAAAACUGAACAUUUACAAACUGCCAGAACGCCAGACGUUAUAGGACUUCCUAAGCAUAUUUUAUACAGUGAGAAGCCAUUAGUCGAGUGCAGUUUUAUAACAGAGUUUGAAGAUCAUAUAUUUGUUACCGUCGACGCUGAAGCCUUUUUCUUUUUACAUGAUCUCAUUACAUCGUAUGUGAAAGAAAAGGAGAGAGUGCACACCAUGCAAAACAUGGGUGCGAGAGCACAUAGUCCUGAUCAGCAAGAAAGAAAAAAUACAAACGCGAGUACCACGGCUAAUGUAUCCGGUGUAUCUAGCAUUACUUCAGAAGAUGAGAGGAAACGGAAACAAUUUGAUCCGGCUGAAAUGUUUAUAAAAGAUUGGCGAUCGUAUAGGUGUAAAACGUGGCACUUAGAACCAACAGUAAGGCUACUCUCGUGGGCAGGUAAAAGUAUAGAACCUUAUGGCAUUGAUUACAUCCUCCAAAAAUUGGGAUUUUCUCAUGCACGUACGACGAUUCCAAAAUGGAUACAACGAGGCUUUAUGGAUCCUUUAGACAAAUUGCUUGCCGUUCUUAUGUUAAGAAUGGUAUUAGCCGUUCGUGAAGAACCAUCGGACGAACAAAAAGAACAUAAAAGAGAAAAAUAAUACCAAAUUGAUUUUUUUUUCCUAUUACAUACAUUAUAUACAUUUUCAUAUUAUUAUAUACAUUUUGCUUUUGCAAAAGCAUCAAAUGUGAUCUCUCCCUUCUGUGUAUUCGAAUUAUAUUAACAAUGGUGCAAUGAUAGGCAUAAGAACGACAUAAUAAUAAUCAAUGUUACUUCAAAUGCGAUAAAGAAGUCUGUGCAUAAAGUAACGUCAAGCCUAUGUAUAAAUCUUUUUUUAUCGUUUAUUUAAAGUAGUUUAUAGAUUUUCAAAUAAACGGUAUUAUAAUGGUAUAAUUGGAAUAAAUAGAACCAUAGUGGUUGAUAAUAAUCGUUCUUCGUGAAGAACAAUGUGAAAUACUUAUAUUUAUAAAACUGACGUUCAGACAUAUAUGCGAUAAGAUUCAAUAUAGAGAAUUGUAAAUGUAAUUAGAAUAAAACGUAAAAUGAUGUGUAUUUAAGCAAUCAUAUAUUGCUAAAAUAUAUAUAGCACAUAUA